CUCAGAAAUACCAGGAAACAGCCUUUAAACAUCCAGAGCAUGCUACAACAUCUUCAUACGAGACAUUAGGAAGAAUAAGACGUGCAGCCAAAGAAAGAAAUCAUGCCCCUACUACACAUACAAGAUCAGGAUGAACUAGAAAAAGUAUUGAAGCAAAGUGGAAGGAAGCUUGUUGUUGUUUGUUUUUCCUCUGAUCACUGUGGACCAUGCAAAACAACAACUCCCCGCAUUGAGUUGAUGAGCCAACAGAUGCCUGAUGUUGUGUUUGUUUUCGUUAAUGUUAACAAAGCAGACGAAUUCGUAGAGAGAUAUGAGAUCGUUGGAGUACCAACAUUUUGUUUCUUCAGAAAUAUGUGUCAGCUGUACAGAUUCCAAGGUGGAAAUGCUGACUUCCUAUGCAGCAAAGUUGAAGAGCUAAGGUUCCAGAUAUAACUUGUUGCAGUUUCAAGUAAAUAAAGACAUCUUCGAGAUAACAAA